GGUCUUGCCACUAAAAUGUUGGCGCAUAUAAAAGCCGACGCGGCAUUAGCGAAUUCAUACAGUAAACGAAAAGAUAUCCAAACGAAAACUACCAUCAACAAACAGUCAGUCCAUCAGCGCAAAUCCAGGAUGCAACGCUUCAUCAUUGUCACUUUGGCUCUACUUUGUGGCCUGAGCUCCAGCUGGGCUCUACGACCAGUUGGCGGUGUGGCACCACCACCACCACCUCCGGCUACGCUCACGCAAGAUCUCGAGGAGUUGUACCGUCUCAUACCAUCGAAACCGAUUAACAAAUUGGUCAUACGUUAUCUGCUCAACGAUGCGCAAUUCCAGGCUGCCAUUCGCAUCAUCAACUCUCACGAUGCCUACAUGGUGCGUAUGCGCCUCUAUGCUCAACCGGAAAUCAUACAAUUCCAGUCGUGGGUACGUUCACAAUUGUUGUUGUCUGGCGGCGGUUCGCUGGAGUUCGAGGAGUCGGAGGAAAUUUUGAGUCUCUUCAGACCCACACCCUACUGGUCCGUCUACGGCUGGCAAGGCUUCUUCAAUGAAUUCCUCGCCUACUUCCCACAUGAGAUGUUACGCGCUCAAAUCGACGCCAAGGUAACGUUAGGUGGCAGUCUCGCUCAGUUUUGGGCUAAAGUGAAGGCUUUGGCUCCAGUCUAUGAACGUGUGUUGGCCUUCCCCGAAUCGAAGCGCAUCGUUGCUCAGCUCGAACAGAAUGGCGUGAAUUUCAAUCAAGUGGAUCAAUUCAUUCGUUCCUUGUUUGAUUGGUAUCCAGUGGUCGUGAAUGCCACAGCUCCUCCUGUCGCUGUCGCAAGUGCCCCAGCCGUUCCAGCGGUUCCCAAUGAUGUUGUUGUUUAAUAAUUGUCGACUAACUUCCACUGCUGCUGAUGAUCGAAUAAUCGCCAAAGGAAAACCUUUCAACUAAUACCGAUUUAUUUCUUGAACGAAUAAUACUAACGGUUUAUUUAUGUUAAAAAUGUAACGAAUAUUAUUGUACGAGUAUUUCAAUUGUUUUACUCAA